UCCGGGAUAAAUGACUCAGCUGAGCUCAAUGAAGCCAAAACAUGUGCGUCCAGGCUUAAUUGGUUGCACAAAGACCAAGCCAGGAUGAGCAGACACGGAUUCAUUAAGCCAGGUGAAACCAAUCCUGGAUAGGUGCGCGCUCACGGCUCACUCAAAUAGACCUCGCCACAGAUCACAGAUUAGCUGAUUUACCAUGGCAACUAGAGCCGCGUACUUUUCCCCGUCGGAAGCACAAAUCCUCAUGGAGGCAUACGAGGAGGUAAAAGAUAUAAUUAAGAAGGCAACACCGCCACAGUGAUAAAGCAAAGAGAAAAAGCGUGGCAAAGUAUUGCAGACCGCCUGAAUGCGUAAGUAGUGCACAAUUACACACUCACCGCUCCGCUGAAACAUCACAAUUACAAUUCAAAUAUUUAAUUCACAUCUCCAAAAAUGCAGUUGUACUGUAAUUAUGAAACGGUUAAAUUUUUAAUUGAAAUGCACUGCAGAUAUGAGUGAAAUUGUGUAAAGUAACUCCAUCACACUGUAUAAAGCUAUGAUAAAUUUUUUGAUAUUUUUACUGAAAACAAGACAAAAAUACCAAGUAAUUUUUUGCAGUGUGACUCCAUUAAAUGUGUGUGUGUGUGUGUGUGUGUGUGUGUGUGUAGAUUAAACAUGAACGGGCCAAAACGGACAUGGCAGCAGGUCAAAAUCAAAUACAAGAACAUUCUGCAGAAUGCAGUGAAAAAGAAUACCCACAGACAAGGCACGGGUGGUGGGUCACCAAAGGCUGACCUUACCCCAGCAGAGGACAUGGCCUUGGAGCUAAAUAAAGGCAGGCCCGUCUUAGAGGGGAUCCCUGGGGGGAAAGAGACGAGCAUAGGUUCCUCCCAAGAUGCCACCCGCUUCAUUCAAGUGUCUGGCAGCACUGUGUUCCUGUUAGAGCCACCAGCACAAGCACCAGACGAUGCUGAUCCAGGUGAAGGCCCCAGUGCAACAGCACAUGAUGGAGACGAUGAUGAGGAGGAGACCAUCUCUCUGGAUUCCAGAAGGCAUGAGGACCCAGAUGCUAUACAGUGGGAAAACCAGCCUGGCAACAUAAGCUCACAAGCUAUCAGAAAGUUGUAUGGCAACCACCUCCGGCGCCAAAUAGAACUGGCAGACAUAGACAUUCAGUACAAGAAGAAAAAGAUGGAAAAUCUUGCACUGGAGUCCGAAAUAAAAAAGAGGACAAUUAGGAAACUGGACCUUGAAAUAAAAAAACUUGAGGGAGGUGAGAUAUGCCUUCAAUGUACACUGUAUGCUAACUGUAACACAAAUGUAUUAAUCAUUAUUUUUCUUUCCUCCCCCAGCUCCAAGAAGAUGACACAGCUCAAAAUAAAAAUUAGCAAUCAGUACAACCAAGUCAUCGUUAUAAGGCAUCGCCCUCUUUUGCCCACCCCCCCCAGCACCAGGUGUGGCCACUAGCCUAUAUGAAGGCCCAAAAUUGUGUGUUCCUUUCUGCUCUGACAAUGGCAUGCCCAUUCGUGCGAGGUGUGGUGGAUGAAGAAGCACUUGUGCUGAGGAGAGCCUUCAGGCGAGAAAGGGUCUUCAGGGACCGGUUGGAUCCACUGGCCUUCCCUGAUGACCAUCUAUAUGAAAGAUACAGGUUUUCUGCAGAUGGCAUCAGGUAUCUAUGCAGACUACUGGGUCCCAGGAUUAAGCACCGCACUGCACGGAGCCAUGCACUGAGUGUGGAGCAAAUGGUUUGUGUGGCCUUGCGCUUUUUUGCUAGUGGAGCCUUCCUGUACUCAGUGGGGGAUGCAGAACAGCUGAACAAGGCCACAAUUUGCCGCACAAUAAGGAGUGUGUGUCUGGCUAUCAAAGCAUUAGCAGAUGUCUUCAUCUCCUUCCCUGGCCACAGAAGACU